AUGAAUAACCAGAGAAGAAAUUCAUCUUCACAAUCCAGAAUAGUAACAACAACAAAUAAUAUUCUAGUUUGGAUUGGAGUAGGAUGUCAGACAGAUAUGAGCCUAGAUAUGUCUAUUGAAGCUGUGUGGAAAAAUCCCACGGAAGAAAUCGUAGAAGAUUUUCGGAUAUACCGCGAAUGGUGGUUAACAACAGAUUGUGGAGUAAAAAUUCAUAAUAUUAAGUUAAACAAAAUUGAUCAUUGUGCUGGAGAACACGGAAAUAAUACCACUUGUAAAAUCUGUCUAGGUGUAUCAAGAAACAUUUCGUUGCAAACGGAAUGGACAUCGGUAACGACGGAAGAAGAUACAUUGGACGUAUAUAGACAAGAGUAUGAGCGGUUUUAUCGAUUUCGAAACCAUUUGGUGAUUAAUCGCUAUUAUGCGGAAAAUGACAUAAUACCACGCACGUUUCAUUUUGAAAUACCUAUCCAAAUAUUUGGAGCAAAGGAUCCCUCAGUCCGAAAAAGAUGGGAACAAAUAGCAUCCGAUAUGAGAAAAGCAUUUUUGCAAUGUGAAGCGGAUGCCAUUCGAAAGACUAUUGAUGAGACGAGACUAAAACUUGAAACUCUACGAGAGAAAAUACUAAAAAUGAAAAAAGAACAGCACAUGCUGGAUAUCGAAAGCGGGACGAGUGAAUUUUAUCGAAAAAGCUUGGAAUGA